AUGAAGCUAACCGGCAGUUUGGAUAUUCUCAUUUUGCUGGCAAUUCUAGUUUCUAUACCUUCUCUUAUAACUGCAAAUUCUGCAGUGGUAGUGACGAAAGAAAACUUUCAAGAAAUUCUGAAUUCCAAUGAGUUGCUGUUGCUCAGCUUUUAUACGGAUUGGUGCCGUUUUAGCCAGAUUUUGGAACCCAUUUUUGAGGAGGCGGCGGCGAAGGUUCAUCAGAAAUUCCCUGAACCUGGCCGUGUGAUCCUGGGAAAAGUGAAUUGCGAUGUUGAAGAGCUAUUGUCCGACCAGUUUGAUAUACUAAAGUAUCCCACUCUGAAGAUCAUUAGAAACGGAUUGAUUAGCAAUCAGGAGUACCGCGGCCAGAGAUCUGUGGAGGCCUUCGUGCAGUUUGUGGAGAAAGAGCUUUCGGAUCCCAUUAAAGAGUUCCACCGGAUCGAUGAGCUUACAAAUGCCGAAGUGGGCGAUGGCAUGGUUAUUGGUUAUUUUGCAUCCAAGGAUCAUGUGGAAUAUGAUAACUAUCGCAGGGUAGCGAGUCUUCUACGAGAUGAUUGUAGAUUUCUUGUGGGUUUUGGUGACUUAACUAAAAAUCUUCGUCCACCCGGAAAGAAUGUCCUCAUCUUUCGCGGAGAUCCCUCCAUUCGAAACCAAAAGCACCCCUACGCGGAGUACUCGGGCAACAUGACCAGCUUUAAGGAGUUAACCGCUUGGGUCGAUAAGGUUUGUCUGGCAAUGGUGCGAGAAGUAACCUUCAACAAUGCCGAGGAGCUAUCCGAGGAGGGACUGCCUUUCGUUUUGCUGUUCUACAACAAAAAAGAUCUGAGUCCCAUACAGGAGUUCAAGAAUGCGAUUCAUGCCCAACUGGAAAAUGAGACGAGGGUUAAUUUCCUGACUGCAGACGGGGAACUCUUCAAGCACCCACUCUUCCAUUUGGGCAAGUCCAUGGAUGAUCUGCCACUAAUCGCCAUCGAUUCCUUUGUCCACAUGUACCUGUUUCCGGAAUUCAAGGAUAUUCACCGUCCCGGUGUCCUUAAGAAGUUCAUCGAUGAUCUCUUCAGCGGCACACACCAUUAUAAUUUCCACUUGGCACUCGAUGCUCAAGAAAAAUCUGAGUCCACAAUCGAUCCAGCUGAAAUCCCGCCGGUCGUCCGCGAGUCGAAGUUUAAGGAGCUUAUGCCCUCCAAGCACCGCUAUACCUUGGUCAACCGUACUAGAGAUGAGUUGUAA